AGGAGUGUAUAUGAGAGGCAGGGUGAGAAGGGGAAAUGUUUUGAUUUCAAGCGGAACUACACAUGCGUUACCAUGACAACCCAAGGUUUUUCGGACGUAUUUGAAACGAAAAACUCAUUUCCAUUACUUUAUAAAACGGAGCGAUGCAUUAAUCGGUACAAUGUUCGAUAGUAGUCAUAGCUUUUAUCUAAAUAAAUAUCUUUUACCGACAGUUUACGAUACUAUUAGGCUGCUCUUUUGAAACUUUACAAAGAGAUAGGGAGUGAAUUGUGUUGUCAACAUGAUUUCCAUUUCCAUCUGAAAAUGUUCAUAAUCCAAUGGAGUAUACCAUUAAUGUUAUCGCAACUUAUUAUGUGCGAUGUUACAACGGUUGCGAAUUAUACGGAUGCGAAAAAAUUCUCCUACCAUUGGAAAAUUAACAAUUUCUCUAAUAAAUCGCGUACUGCCACUGAAAAGUCUUCGCAAGCUUCGUUUCUUAAGGGUAUUCCUUUUGAAUUUAACUGUACUGUAAAAUCAGACUGUGAAAAUAUUGAUAGGAAUAUGAUUUGCUUUAAGAAUACAUGUUAUUGUGGACAAAAUUAUAUCUACAUUUACAGUAAUGAGAAAAGAUGUUUCAAAAAAGCAAAAAUAUAUGAAGAAUGUGUAUAUAAUUUUCAAUGUUCUUCCACAAUGCAUAAUACAUUAUGCAGAAAUGAAAAAUGCCAAUGCAUGUAUGGUUAUAUGUUUAAUGGAGUAGCAUGCACCAUAAGAAGAUCCAAAUCUAAAGGUGAAGAAAUAUACACUGCUGCUCUAGUAGCAGUUUCUUGCAUCAUGGUGGCAGUCACCUGCAUUCUUAUAGUAUGCGUUGUAAAAAAAUCUUCACAAUUGAGGAAUUAUCAGCAUAGAAAUUCUAGAAGUGGUCAGCCCAAUGAUGUUUUCACUAUAGCAGAUGAGAUUGCUGCUGUCAGAGCAGCCGAUAAACCUCCAACGUACGAAGAAGUAAUGAGGAACGAAGAAAUGAUGUAUGGAGUGCCGCCACCUGAUUAUCCUACUUCAUCAACGCUUCCUCAUUUUGAUUCUACCAUUUUCUUACCAGGACCAUCACAUCUAAAUACUUUACUAACAAAUACUAUAGAAAAUGAAAUAGAAAAUAUAAAUAAUGAAACAUCAGCUAAUUUUCAUCAAUAUCCAUCACUUUCUUGCAGUGAAGACAAUAAUCAACUAAAUAUAAAUCAUUGUUCUAGUGAAAAAGAUUCAGAAAUUAAAACUGAUAACGAAAUUACUAUUGUUAUAAACCAACCAAAUACUGAUGUAAAUACAAGACAAUCCGAGCAAACUAAUUCUACUUCGAGAGAGGGAUCAUCUGAAGCUUAUACAAAUUUAGCAUUUGAAACUGAUAUUUAAAUUAAUUUUAGUGCCUUAUAUAAAUCAAUUAUACAUAUAUCAAAAUAAAGUAACUCUUCAACAGCAAAUUUAUUUGUAAAACUAUUUAUUAUGAUUUAUUUAUUGUAAAUUUUUAUGCAACACUUAAAAUAAAACACAAUUUGUUAUAGUUUAAAAUGAAAUAAUCAGAUAUUUAUGGGAAAAAUCUGAGAAUUAAGCUAACUAGCUGCAUGUGCUUGGUAUUGCUUAGGCUUUUUAAAGGGUAGGAGAUUGGUGAGGUUGAGUUGAGAGAGGGUGAUAAAAACAAUGAUCUUAGUAACUGAAAUGUAUAUUUAUUGACCUCAGUAUUUACUAACCAAAUAUCUUACU